GCGGAAGUGCCGGGCCCGAGGCGGGACCAGAGCCCAAAGGGGCUCGGGAUUGCGGAAGUUUGGGGACGAGGGUCGGCGGCUGCUGGAGUUCCUAGUAGAUUGACGGCUCCAGAGCCGAUCGGGGUCUCGGCCACCAGCACCCGGAGGCCUGCGGCUGUGGCCCGGGUGCGACUCGACGGUGCUGCUGCCGCCGCCGCCGCCGCCGCCGCCGCGGUCCUCGCCCCGCGUUCCUCCGCAGGGACCCGCCUCGGAUCUCCACCAUGGCGUCCACGGGCAACAACCUCCAGAAAGCAAUAGAUCUUGCAAGCAAAGCAGCCCAGGAAGACAAAGCUGGGAACUAUGAGGAAGCCCUUCAACUCUACCAACAUGCUGUUCAGUAUUUUCUCCAUGUCGUUAAGUAUGAAGCACAAGGUGAUAAAGCCAAGCAAAGUAUCAGGGCCAAGUGUACAGAAUAUCUUGAUAGAGCAGAAAAACUGAAGGAGUAUCUGAAGAAAAAAGAGAAGAAGCCACAGAAGCCUGUGAAAGAGGAACAGUCCAGUGCCGUUGAUGACAAGGGGAAUGACAGUGAUGGGGAAGCAGAAUCUGAUGAUCCUGAAAAAAAGAAACUACAGAAUCAACUUCAAGGUGCCAUUGUUAUAGAGCGACCAAAUGUGAAGUGGAGUGAUGUUGCUGGUCUUGAAGGAGCCAAAGAAGCACUUAAAGAGGCUGUGAUUCUGCCUAUUAAAUUUCCUCAUCUAUUUACAGGGAAGAGGACACCUUGGAGAGGAAUCCUAUUAUUUGGCCCACCAGGAACAGGAAAGUCCUAUUUAGCUAAAGCUGUUGCAACAGAAGCAAACAACUCAACGUUUUUCUCUAUAUCUUCCUCUGACCUUGUUUCUAAGUGGCUGGGGGAAAGUGAAAAACUGGUUAAGAACUUAUUCCAGCUUGCCAGAGAGAACAAGCCUUCCAUUAUUUUCAUUGAUGAGAUUGACUCUCUGUGCGGUUCAAGAAGCGAAAAUGAAAGUGAAGCUGCACGGAGAAUUAAGACCGAAUUCCUGGUUCAAAUGCAAGGAGUUGGUGUGGACAAUGAUGGUAUUUUGGUUCUGGGAGCUACAAAUAUACCCUGGGUUCUGGAUUCUGCAAUUAGACGAAGAUUUGAGAAACGUAUUUAUAUUCCUUUGCCUGAAGCACAUGCCCGUGCAGCCAUGUUUAAACUGCACUUGGGCAGUACUCAGAAUAGCCUCACAGAAGCAGACUUUCAAGAACUUGGGAGGAAGACAGAUGGCUAUUCAGGAGCAGAUAUAAGUGUCAUUGUACGGGAUGCACUUAUGCAACCUGUUAGAAAAGUUCAGUCGGCUACUCAUUUCAAAAAGGUUCGUGGACCCUCAAGAUCUGAUCCUAACUGCAUUGUAAAUGACCUGCUGACCCCCUGCUCUCCAGGAGAUCCCGGGGCUGUGGAAAUGACAUGGAUGGAUGUCCCUGGAGAUAAACUCUUGGAGCCAGUUGUUUCCAUGUGGGAUAUGCUGCGGUCACUGUCCAGCACCAAGCCAACCGUCAAUGACCAUGACUUGUUGAAGUUAAAGAAGUUUACAGAGGAUUUUGGCCAAGAAGGCUAGUGCAAAGACAGCAAGAGCAUGUUUACUCUACAUUUCUUCUCUUUUGUAGGUAUUUUGCCUUUCUUGAAUGACAUUCAGAUUAUUCCCAGUAAAACUCUUUACACAGGAAAAUAUACAUCUCACUUCAGUGUUCCUUUAAGUUUGUGUUGUACUUUUCCUAUACUACCUGUCAAGUUCUCUAAUUAACAAAGAUUGUCAAAUGGUAAGGAAGUGAGCAGUGGCAUGAAAAGCAGCAGAGAACUGAAACAGUGAGGAGAGCCUUGAGCUUGGCUUGAUAUGCAUUGAUAUGCAGCAUUUAGUAUUUUCACAAGCACCCUUUCAAAGAACAAUGUCCUUCCUUCUUCCUUUUGUUUUUAGGAAAUUAAAUAGGGCUAAAGCUAAUGAUAUAUGAAUAUCUUGAAAAAAAUCUUUAAGCAUUCUUAUCAAUGUAAAGCUAUUGCUUUAUUAAAAAAUUAAAAUGGUAGAAUCUUUACUCUCAGGGAUGGGUGGUAAAGCACAGAACACUGUGAUCAACUUGGGGGUUUAUGCCACAGCCAGUGCUACUGUUGGCUUCGCAAUGGAUUGGUUCUUCCUGUGUAGAUUAAAGUGAUUCCGCAAAAGGCAACAGGCUUUUAUAACCACCUGACACCUUUCACUGUGCAAGAGACUUUGUAAGUUAGUCAUCUUCACUGGAAGGAGAAAGCUGUCUACUUCAGUGUCUUUUUGUAGCCAAGAUUAACCAAAACAGGUGGCAAAGAAGUAUACAUUUUUUAAGAAUUGUUAUAAAAUACUGUAAUGGGGACCUUUAAUAAUAAGAAAAUGGCUUCCUUUUGGACUUUAGGAAGUUUCCUGUGUUUGAUGUGGUGUGUAUGUAUAUAUAUAUAUAUAAAUAUAUAAUUUUUAAAAUACAGAAUAGUGAGAAUCUUGUCUUUCACUUUUAAGUUCAGGGAGCAGUUUUGUCCUAGCCACACAAACAUUAUCAAUGUGGCAUUUCAUGAAGCUUUAGAGAUAAACUGAUGUCUCGCUAAACAUAGCAUCAUGCUAUUUUAAUGGCUUCAAAUAAAUGAUCUGAGGUUAUGUGUCACACACUUGUGUACCAACUCUGAGUUGUGCCUUGGACAUUUGCAUUUACUACAUGCAAACAAUUACUAGGUUAACUAGAAUUGCUAUGCAGUUCUACCUUGCAUACACAAUAAUUACAUUUUAAAGUAUAUUUGCACAUUUUACACGGUAUGCUAUAGGAUUGCCUUUAAGUUUUCUGUACAGAUUAUUUUUGUUGCUAUUCAAUGAAAAUCAUAGGCCUGAAAUAUACUGUUCUUAUGUCAAGUAAAUUGCUAUAAUCUA